UGGAAUUCUGAGAGAACAAAUAUUCAAGGGAAAACACAAUUCAAAAGAUGAAAAAGAAGACUCAAAAGGAGACUUUUUGAAUACUUUGAUUAAGAUAUUAUAUAAAAGAAAAGAUGUGUCUUAGAAUUUCUAGAACCAGCAUAGGAUCUAUAAAUUCGACGACCACCCCGAAUUUUUUUAACACAUAUAAACUAGUUUUAAUUUUACAUCUUAAGGGAUUUGCUCCGGCGAGUUAUGGUCGUCGUCUCCAUCUUCCUCCUCCAGCAGAUCAUUCCUUAAAUGGAAGAAACUAAACGAAACUCCGAUCUUCUACGUUCUCGUGUCUUCCUCUCAGGCUUCUAUUGCUGGGACUGGGAAUUUCUCACUGCUCUCUUGCUCUUUAGUUGCUAAUACUUUGUUCCGUUCUUUUCUUUUCUUUUUCUGUGUAGAUUAUUUUUCUUAAUUUAAAAAAAAAAAAAAAAUUGGCCGGAGAUGACGGCGGCGCAGAGAACUGUUCCGGCGCCGUUUUUAAGCAAAACGUAUCAGCUAGUGGAUGAUCAUAGCACAGACGGCGUCGUUUCAUGGAACGAAGACGGAACAGCUUUCGUCGUUUGGGAAACAGCAGAGUUUGCUAAAGACCUUCUUCCUAAAUACUUCAAACAUAAUAACUUCUCAAGCUUCAUUCGUCAGCUCAACACUUACGGAUUCCGGAAAACUGUACCGGACAAAUGGGAGUUCGCUAACGACCAUUUCCGGAGAGGACAAGAGGAUCUGCUGUCGGAGAUACGACGGCGUAAGGCGAUGAUCGCGGCGGCGGCAGAGUCAAACUCGGCGGGUGAUGAUGAUUCCACGUCAUCACCGGGGUCGAAAAAUCCUGGUUCGGUGGAGAAUAUGGUUGCUGAUCUAUCAGGAGAGAACAAGAAGCUGAAACGUGAGAACGACAGUUUAAGCUCGGAGCUCGCGGCGGCGAAGAGGCAGCGCGAUGAGCUGGUGGCUUUCUUGACGGAUCAGCUGAAGGUAGGACCGGAACAGAUUGAUCAGAUGGUUAAAGGAGGUAAAUUCAAACCGAAUAUAACCGGAGAUUGUUCGUCGGAGGAAGAGAGUGACUGCGAAGGCUGCGGCGGAGACGGGGUGGAGAAGGAGGGGGUAGGUGAAGGAUUGAAAUUGUUUGGGGUGUGGGUGAAAGGAGAGAGAAAGAAGAGGGGCCGGGAUGAGAAAAACUUUGUCGUGGGUGGGUCCCAUAGGACGGAUAUAAAGAACGUGGACUUUCACGCGCCGUUGUGGAAACGCAGCAAAGUUUGCAACUGAUAAAAGAAGACUGCUACUAGAUACUGUCUGAACAAUCGUGUGACACGUGAAAUGUUAAAAAUAAUUUUCAUGUAUUAUAUACUUAACAUAGUGUAUUUAAGGUGAAAAAUAAGAGACGUAACGUCGGAGUUCCAGAUUUUAGGAUCGGGUGUUUGUAUUUUAAUUUUUCUCAAGAUUUCUAAUGUAAAAAAACAUGGGAUUUGAUUAGGUUCAACGUCA